AGGUUGGCUUAUCAGGGUCAAGUUGCGGCCCGCAUGGGAUUGAUCACGACUUGUUAUUUGCAACAAGCAAGUGGAAAUUUAUUGGAUAAUUUAACAUCUGAUUCACCAAAUUUAGAUAGUGCAAUUCAGAAUGUAAGAGACAUAUUUGCUUUGUCAACCAACAGUUUAGAUCUGACUGCGAGAACUGGCGCUUUUCACCACAUGAUACGUCGUCGUGCUACCAUGUAUGAUACAGGUCUAAAUGAACUAAGAGACUAUGCUAACACAAUUGUGACUUUACCAUUAACAGCAGAUGGUAUAUUUGGAUCUCAGUUUGAUACCAAAAUGAAAGAGAAAACUGACAGAAAUAAGCAAUUAGCUGAAGUUUUACCUGAUAAUAGAAGAGUUACAGUUGGUUCACAGUUAGGUAAGAGAAAACCAACGGCUACAGUUACUUCAGAGUCAACAUUUGUGAAGAAGCCUAAAUUUGACAGUAACUUUAAGAUACCAAAGAAGAACUUUGGGGAGUUCAAGUCAUCUGGUAAACAGACGCAAGCUACCAAACCAUGGCAAUCACAACGUUCAGGAGGUGCUCAGACUUACAAGCAUUGAGGAUAGGAGAGGGGUUUGUGAAUGUUCAGAAGAAAGAACUUGUUUUCUUGAGACCAGGUUUAUCAAAACAAGAUAGACCAAAUCAUUAUGGAACUAAAAUUUUUGUGCCUUACUUUGAACACAAUAAAAAAUUGGAUCCUAAAAGAGCCAUUGCGAUUUAUUUGAAACGCACAGAAGAAACAAGGAAAGAUGAAGGAAAACUUUUCUUUUCAACGGUUAAACCAUUCAAACCGGUUACAUCACAAACAAUUUCUAGAUGGUUAGUGAAUACCAUCAAAAUGGCAUAUGUAAAUACAGAUUUUAAAGUUAAAGCUCACAGUACGAGAGCAAUUGGACCUUCAUGGGCCUUAUUCAAUGGGGCUAGUAUGAAGAGUAUUUUAGAGUCCGCUGAUUGGUCUACUGAUACAACUUUCAUCAAGUUUUAUUUGAGAAAUGUAGAUGUUAAGGUUUUAUCCUGAUGUGUAUAUAACAGAUUGUUUUUAAAAUCAACCAAAAGACUGAUAUAUUUUAACUGUAAUGUGCAGUUCGAAAAAAAAAAGAAAAAAAAAAAAGAUAAAAAGACUAAAGAAAAGAAGAAAAAAAUAAAGACAUUGUAAAUAUUGUAUAGUGUACAGAAGAAUGUUUUUAAAAAUGAACAAGUGGUAUAAAGUAAAGAUUAUACCCAGGAUGAAGAGACGCAGAGCCAUAGAAAAUUACCCUACCACCAGAGAGGUAAGGCUUUGUAAUCUAUCCGUAUGUAUAUUUCUCAGGUGGUAAGUAGAAAAUGAAUGAAAUGAAAUUCUAAAUUUGUUUUCAAAUUCAGAUUUUAUGAAUGAAGUUUUCUACUUACCACCUGAUAAUUACCCACCCAACCUCCCCACGUAAUUUUCUAUAGUAGUAAUAAGGUUACUGAAAAAAUAGAAAAAACAAAACUGGGGUACAGGUAGAGUAAAGCAUGUAGGUG